CUGUGAAGUUAAUAAAGAAUCUUUUAGAAAUUUAGAUUCUAGACCUAAUCAAGAUCUGAAAUCUUGAAGUGUCUUAGACUAUUCUUAGACUGUCUCUUUAUUGUUGAAAAUGCCUUUGGGGCUUACAAUAAAAGAUUACACAGUAAUUCAGUUAAAGACUAGAGAACGAAAUCGUGCUACACACACUCUUUAUCUUAAAGAGCAUACUGCAGCGCAGCAUUGUGUGGAAUGGCCACAGGGGCGAACAUUAAUAGUCUAUAAUGUGCCUCCUUACUUCACAGAGGAAAAUUUGCAAUCUUUAUUUCAAAGUUGUGGAGUGAUAACAAAAAUGUACCUUCAAUCGAAACCAUCUUCAAGACCAUUAAAGAAUAAAAUUUUUCAACAGGAAGGAUUAAAAAAGUCUGUUCAGGUAGCAUAUGUGGUAUUCAAAAAAGCAACAUCAGUAAAAACUGCUUGCUCCAUUAACUAUGACAAUGUUCAUCCUUUAUGUGAUAAAAAUGUUACAGGCUUAAGGGAGUACAUAGCAGAAUACAAAAAUAUACCUGAUGUGGAAGCAAUGGAGAAAGCAGCUGAGGCAUUUAUGGCUGACUAUUAUAAGAAAAAAGAGGAGGAUGAAAAACGAGAGAAAGAACUUGCAGGUGUUCCAGACGAAGAAGGUUUUAUAAAAGUGACACGUCAUAGUAAAAACAAAGCUGGUAGAAGAACAGAAGAAACAGAAAAGAAAGGUCGUGAACACAUACAGAAGAGAAACAAGAAAAAUGAGUUGAAGGACUUCUACACAUUUCAAUUUAGAGAAACCAAAAGAAAACAUAUUAUGGAACUGCAAGCAAAGUUUGAAGAAGACAAGAAAAAAGUUCGAGAGAUGAAACAAGCCAGAAAAUUUAAACCAUACUAAUGUUAAUAACAAAUAUUAUUUUGGCAAUUUAUUUAUGUAAUGUAACUUGCUUUAUUCUUAUUAUAAAAUAUUUAAAUAUUC